AUUCCACAAAUAGCCCCUUUAUUAUGAUUAAAUCUUUUUCUUAUAUUUUCAGCUACAUUUGUUAUAUUUAUUGUACUAAAUUAUUUCAUUAAAGUACCAUCUAAAAUUGAGAAAUCUUCAUCUCAAUUACAAAAAAUAGAAAUAACUUGAAAAUGAUAA